AUGGCUACACCGGAGACAUUAGCCAAGAAGCAACGCAAACGCAGCGACUAUGGCUUCCACCAGGUCCACCAGACCAGAUGGUUCGACAAUGACAUGUACGCGCACUUGAACAACGCAGUCUACACACACCUCUUCGACACAAUUGCGAACACAUACCUCAUCAAAGUGUGCGGGAUGGACCCCUUUAGCGUGAGCAAUCCAACGCCCUCUCCGUCGGAUCCCCAACCCGCCAAUGUCACCGCCCCUUCAAACCUACCCGCUGGCGCAGACCAGAUCGGGCUUAUUGUAUCUACCCAUGCCGACUUCUUUGCCUCGGUACGCUUCCCCGAUCUACUGGAGGUCGGGUUACGAGUCAACAAGCUGAGCAAGUCGAGCGUGACCUGGGAAGUGGGUAUCUUCCGAGAGGGGGAGGAGGAUGUCAAGAUGGUUGGCACUUAUACGCAUGUCUUUGUGUUGAGAGAGACCAUGCGCGUUGGCAAGACGGGGAUGGAGGAUCGAGUCAGGACUGGAUUGCAGAAGUUGCUUGUCAAGGAGCAAGCGAAGCUGUAG